AAAGGUUUAAAACUUAGUAGGACAAAAACAGAGUAUUUGGAAUGUUCAUUUAAAGAUGGAGCUACUACAAAUAAAAUGGUAUCUUUGGAUGGUGAAAUGAUUGUAAAAAGCAAUAGUUUUAAGUACCUAGGAUCGGUAUUACAGAGUAAUGGAGAAAUAGAUGGAGAUGCAUGCAGUAGAAUUAGGGCUGGAUGGAUGAAGUGGAAAGAAGUGAGUGGUGUGUUGUGUGACAGAAAAAUUCCAAUGAAGCUGAAGGGAAAAUUCUAUAAAACAGCCAUAAGACCAGCUAUGAUGUACGGAACUGAAUGUUGGGCAGUGAAAAAGAAAGAGGAACAGCGAAUAUAUGCAUUACGACAAGGAGAAGCAAAGAUUAUUAAAAUUAUUUAA